CCUCGGCAGAAGGUGGAGCGGGCCGGGCUGAGUGCGGGCAGCGCGGCGAGGGCCGCUUGAGAGCCUCCUGCGCUCCGAGCCGCAGCUGGCGGCGGAGGGAGGCAGCCCCCGGCCGGGGCCACCCCCUGCAAGACCCGGGGAGCGCCCCAUCCUCGCGGCCCAGGCUGCGCGCAGACCCGCCCUUCCCCGGGAGCCUGGAGAGCCGCUGCCGGCCGGGGCGGACCAGACGGGGCGAGGAACCAUCUGGGGGUGUCUGCGAAGGACAGUUUUCGCAGCAGCGUCUUCUUCCCUGGAGGGGGGGAGUGGUACCUCUUCCUUCUUGAAGAUGGCAUGCAGCAGGGCUGAUGGAUGGACUGGGGGUACCACCUUGCUGAGGCCCAACAGUCUCUCUGCCUGACGAAGACAGCGCUCUGGUUCCAGAGAGCAAGGGGGCGGCGGACAGGAUGCAGGCCUUCCCCCCCUGGUCCUAGAGAUGCGAGCUGCCCAGCACGGCAAGUGGAAGGUGACUGGAGCAUUCAGCCAGCGACGGGACAUCACCUCAUCUUUCCACAUCAUGGAGUAGAACUCUGGAAAGAAAAAGGAGCACCCUCCCCACACAUACGCACUUGGCCCUGGAAGAUGUGGUCUGCGUGACAGGCCGGGUGAGCGCCGGUGAGAAGGGUUUGUUGCACUGCAGCCAUGGAUGACGCCUCGACGCUGGAUUACAAAUUGCUCUCCCCGGGGCAGGCGGAGCCUGUCCCCAACGCCCUCGGGAUGGACGCAGAGCAAAAGACGGUCUUUGCCUUUGUCAUCUUUUUGCUGGUCUUCUUGGUGAUGCUGAUGGUGCGUUGUUUCCGGAUCCUCCUCGACCCGUACAGCCGGAUGCCGGCCUCGUCCUGGACCGACCACAAGGAGGGGCUGGAGAGAGGCCAGUUUGAUUACGCUCUGGUGUAGCUUGGGGGCAAGAUCUGGGGACCGGGCGUGCUCCCCUAAUGACGGUGCGCCUUGGAGCCCUCCAGAGUGGGUGCUUGUGGAAGCUGUGUCUGAGUGUCCCCGGGGUGUCUGUCUGUGUCUUUUGGGGGGGCUGGGGGAGGGGCUGGUGAUGUGGGGUCAUGACCUUUUCCGUUUCAUAAGGCGAUGACGAUUUGUAUCCGGUGUUAGUUCUGCCAUGGAAACUAAUGGGCGUGACUGACCGUCAAUUUCAGUGGGUCUGCUCCGAGUAGGGCUUGGGGGGCUACAACCCACUGAUCGGAUGCCAACCGCAAAUACCAUAUUGAGCAAGCAUUGAAAGGUUUUAACUUGUGCGAGCUGAAUGUGCCUAAAGUAAAGGAGAUGACUCGUUAGGGCACUGGGAAAUUUCCCUGUGCAAGUUACCGUAUGCAAAUCGCCCUAAUUGUCAUUGGGGGAAAAAAUCCAGAUCCCCCCCUUCAACAUUUUCUGGGAAAUCCGCACCACAGGAGUGGGGGGGGGAAUCUUGGGUUUGAUCCAACUUCUCACCUGUGUUCAGUGUGAAGCUGUGUGUCUUUAGGGAGGAGGGCAUAACCCUUUUUGCUGAGACCCACAAGCGUCUUGUCUUGUGUUGGGUUGGGUUUGGGGGUGGGCAAAGGGGCAGGAGGGAGGGAAAUGCUAUGUUGUGUUGUGGGGUGUGUGUGUGUGGGAUGCUUCAGCAGUGAGGUCUUGGGUGGGCAAGGGCGUCAAAGCCAAUUUAAAAUUUUGAGAAACAGGACUGUUGUCUUUUCCCAGGAGAAUUUUGGCCAGGUGCAAACCUGCCAGCUUCAGCCUUGCUGGCAGUCUGGUUUUUUCCCUCCUGAUAUGGAGAGUGGUCCUCUCCCUGCCCCCCUCCAUUGUUCUGUGAGGGCAAAAUUGUGCUUUAGUCUGCAUGUGCUCAGAGAUGCUCUUAGCUAGGCCAGCUCUUUAACAAAAUGAGUGUGCGGGUUCCCAUUUCAUAUCUUACCUCCACCACAAGCUCGCUAGGCAGCAUUAGUUGAGUCUCUUCUUCUCUCAGCCUACCUUUAGCAACCGGAGAUGCUGCUCCUGUCCUGUCUUGUGGGGCUGUUGUGAAGGUUACUGAGAUGACGACGGACCUCAUUUUGUUAACCCUUUGCAUCUUCUAAAGCUGAGCUGAGGGCUGAAAAUGUUGUGUUCUAACUGUGCAGCCUUGAGUGUUUCUAUGUCACAGUGAAGUUUUUGACCUGUGCUUGUUCAGUGUUUGGGGGGGUGGGAGAUGGCACUCUGCUCAUGGGCAGAGGCACCAUCGUUUCUGUUGCUUUGCAGGGUCAAAUGACAGGACUGAAAACAGCUAAAUCGUAGCAGUGUUUUGGUAAUCGGUGAAGCAUUUUUUAAUUUGUUUGCGGAAUAUUAAGCGGGGAGGGGGAGGAGGGGAAAAGCCCCUUUGAAAAAAGGGUUGGACUGGGGUGUCACAAUCGUAUCGUGGCUCUUCAGAUUCUGACUGCUCAGGCAGUCUGAAUAUUUUCAGCGCAAUCUCUGGUGACGGGAUACAUUCGCCACGCGAUUGUCUCUGCCAGGUUUGGUUUGAUCUUUAGGA